ACACACGCGAUCUAAGUACCUUUUGUGUUUAUUAUACCUUACCUACCUAGGUAUAAAAAGAGUACUUACGUAGAUUUUCUUUUAUUAACUGUUUUAUACGAAGAUCUUGAUCUCUCAAAUUAGCAUCCAUUUUACUUCCAGUGAUUAUCAACUAAAUUAAUAAUCCACAAAGUAUUAAAUAACGUUUUUAUGAAAUAUUUAGCACAAAAACAAUACCCUUUAAAUAUCGAUCGUCAGUAACUGUGGCUGACUUACCUAUAUUCUAGCAAGCAGGACUGCCAGAUGUGAAGGGGAAAUCCCCAAUAAAUUGUUGCAUGUGACUGAUGAUGUGAGCAUGUUCGUUUCAUAAUAAAAAUGUUGCCAGGUAACCAAAAAGUCGUAUGUUUUUGUGCGAAUUACGAUCAUAAUCUUUACGAUCGUACAUUAAAAAAUAGACAAAUAAUAGUAUGAGUACGAUUUAAAUCGUAUAUCUGUCAACCCUGCUAGCAAGACAGCGACAAAAUCACGUUGCAUAACAAUGUAGCCCAAGCUUAUAUCUUAUGAAAUAUACGGAAGAGAUACGGACUUAGAAAAAACAGAAAUGUUGUUCUUUGUGGAAGUCAUUGAUGAAAUUCUAUGUAUUUUAGCCCGCAAACUUUCUUCAAACAAAAACAGCGCCAUCUAGUAUCGAGUUCUGUAAUUAUCUCUUUGUUUAUGGAUUUGAAGUAAGACCGCCACGCAUGCAAUACAUUAUGAUUGGGGAUUCCCCUAUUCGUCGACGCUGAAUAUGAGGCGACGACAAUCACUGUCAAACGUGUUCACUAUUACUCUGACUCUGGUAACGUGACUUCCUGGUAACGUGUUAGGUAGGAAAAGCAGUAAAAAAGUGCAUAUUAAGGGAGCAGAUUUGAAAUAAUAUUUAUACUUAACAAGAAAUAAUUAAAGGUUCAAUGGGGAGACCUAAAGAUUUACGCAUAUGGGAGCACUACCGUACUUUACCAAACAAGUCUGUUUCUUGCAAGCUUUGUAAUAAGGUCUACAAAUUCAGUAAUGCUGCCAAAAUGCUUCAACAUCUUAUCACUUGUCCAAAAUCUCCAGAAACAUUAAAAGACUCUAUGAAACUUAUAAAAGAUAGCUCGUCCAAAACCAAAAUGUCUGGACUGUCAGAGAUAGAGACAAAUGAUUCUUUUAUAAGCCCCUCGUCGUCUGCUAACACUACAAUAAAUGCUGAGUUUCAAGACACCGAUGAUCAUAUAAAAACAGAAUUAGCGAGAGCUAUAUUUGUAACAGGGACGCCAUUAUCGAUGGUGCAACAUCCUUUAUGGAUACAAUUUUUCGAAAAAUUGCAACCAAAAUUUAAAAUACCUUCACGUAAAGCUUUAGCGACAAAAUACUUAGAUAAAAUAUAUAGAGAAAUGCGUUUUGAGUUAAAUGAGGAACUAAAUGCUUGUAGUUACUUACACCUUCAGUGCGAUGGCUGGUCUAAUUUAAGAAAUGAAGGAAUAAUAAACUUUCUUAUAUCAAAACCUCAACCUGCAUACGUUAAAAGUUUGAAUACAGAAAGUAAUCCUCACACUAGUGAAUACCUUAGCCAAGAAGUUGAAAAAGUAAUGAAAGUGUAUGGAGCAAAUAAGUUUCUUGUACUUAUUGGCGAUAACGCUAGAAAUAUACAAAAGGCAUUCGAAUUAACAAAACUCAAAUAUCCACAUGUUGUUCCUCUCGGUUGCUGUGCACAUAUCCUUAACUUGUUGUGCCAAGAUAUUGUAAAGAUACAAGAAGUAACUGUGUUUAUUAUGCAAGCCAUAAAUAUAAUAAAAACUGUUAAAAGGAGUCAACGAUUAAGUUCCUUGUUGAUAAAAUCAAGGCAGGGUGAAGAUUCUACACAAACACUAAAAUUGCCUUGUGCUACAAGAUGGGGAAGUCAUGUUACUUCGUUAAAAAGUUUGAAAGCAAAUAAGAUAGCUUUGCAAAUAUUAACAGUUAGAGAAGAUGUGGUAAUUUCAAGAGAUAUUAAAGAUUUAAUUCUAAGUGAUGAUUUCUGGACGAAGACAGGGGAAUGUAUAAGUAUUUUGGAACCAGUCACUGAAAGCAUAUUUUACUUAGAGAGCGACCAGAAUCGUUUGCAUCGCACAUACAUUACAUUUAGAGAUGUACAAGCUAAGAUACGUUUUGCAUUAAAUGAGAUUUCGACAUUGAGCGAAGAAAGCAAACAGCAGAUUCUAACAUCAGUAUCUUCAAGAUGCAAUAUGGCAAUGAGGCCAAUACAUUUUGCAGCAUAUAUUCUAGACCCCAGGACUCUAGGAGUCGAACUUACUCAAGAGGAAGAACUUAAGGGUAUGGAGUUUAUCUACAAUUUAAGCCAACACUUAAGUUUGUCAAAUGUAAUGGCAGAUUUGGCGUGUUAUAAAGCUAAAGAAAACUUUUGGGCCAGAGGAUUUGUAUGGAGCUCAUUAGAUAGCAUUGAGCCCCUGAUAUGGUGGAAAGGUAUUUGUGGUUCCACUGAGUUAAGCAAAGUAGCGAUUCGUAUUCUAUCAGCUCCCUGUACUUCGGCAGCCACUGAGCGUUCCUUUAGUAUCCAAGGCUACAUACAUAAUAACAAAAGAAAUCGACUUACAACUGAAAGAACUGAAAAAAUUUCAUUCAUUUGUUAUAACUGGAAUCUUAAACAUAAAGCUGAAUGCGAGGACAUUCAGUUUAAUGAAGAAAAUACCUUAGAAGCUUUCAUUGAGCAAGUAAAUGAACAUAACAGUUUAGACGAAAUAGAGCCUAUCGAACCUAUACAAUUCAUCGCUUGUAAUAACUCUGAAUCUGACAGUGAUUGACUGUAGUUUUACAUUUUACUUUCAUCUCUUUCUUAAUAAACUCAAAAUCAAAUUAAAAGUUUUUUAUUCUGUAGGCUGCAUAAUAAUAUUGUCUAUGUCCAGUAUAGUGGACGUCUUGCGGCUGAGAUGACGAUGAUGAAGUACAAAAUCAUAAACACCCAAAAAUUUGGGUGUUUAUGGGGUUUAAACCCAAUAAACCCAAAACACCCGGUUUUUACCCACCAGACUUUAAACCCACCCAGGUGGAUUGCCCAUCU